CCCAGCUUCGCCGCCUCCAAGUCAAUUUCAAUCCUUGUUGGACCUGACCGCUCUCGAUAUACUGCCCAUAAGGAAUUACUCGUCCGAAAAUGCCCAUGUUUUGCCAAUUGCUUGGUGUCUGGAAUGAAGGAAGAGCUCGACGACGAAAUUGCUUUCCCUGAUGAUACGUGUAUAGCUUUCGACCUCUUCUUCCUUUGGAUCUACUCCGGCGAAGUUCCGCAAGUAGACACACACGAACAAGUCCCUCCUGCGAUGGAAGCCUGGAUGCUUGCAGACAAAUUCCGUAUG